CUGGUGGUGAAUAGACCGGAUGAGGUGAAUUUUCCCAAGAAGUAAACAUAACCAAGAAAAAUUAAUCCAAUUCCCAGGAAAGAUGUUAAGGAACGUCUUGCGCCUUCCAAGGCUUUUUAGUAACAUACCAAAUCACCCUCAAAAUGCUGCUUUUCAUACAUCGCCCGUGUGCAAUGAGAUCCGGAAGCUGGCCAGGCUACGUGUAGUUGAUAACAGUGAACUAGGCAAGGCUGCUAUGAUUGAAGGAAAGCCCCCAAGGUGUAUUCACGUCUAUAACAAAAGACACGUAGGUCUGAUUGGGGAUCAGGUACUUGUUACCAUCAAGGGUCAGAUGAAGAAGGCCAUCCUGGUGGGACUGAAGCAGAAGCAAAAAUUCAAGGUGCCGAAAUUCGAUAGUAAUAAUAUCGUCCUGAUAGAUGACAAUGGAACACCUCUGGGCACUCGCAUUCAUGUUCCAAUCCCAACCAUCCUGAGGACAAUUCUCAAGGAGAAGACCCACAAUAAAGGAGCUGACUACACAAAAGUUCUAGCCAUCUCAUCCAGAUUUGUUUAAAUUCGGUUUUUUCACUGUUUUAGUUAAUAAAUAUUGUCUACUA